AUGGCAGAUUUGCCUCCAAGAAGUAUGCAUUUGGCUAUUGAGUCUAUCCGUGGGAGUAGACCGGUUUACAUGGGCUGGAAAUACUUGGAGAACUCGGACAUCAACGCGAACUUGAGCAGGUUCUUAAUUCCAGUUGAGUGCUGCUCGAAAUUAAUCCACUACAUGACUCGGUUGGAGAGAGAAAAGAUACUAAACAAAGAUGAUAGAGGUAUUAACGUGAGUGUAAUGGAUCCAAAGGGUAAUUUACAUGAUAUGAAGUUUACUGGAUGGAAGAGUUUGGGGAGACUUGUGUUUAACAGAGGAUGGAACAAUCUUGUUAGAGAUAACCAAUUUCAAAAAGGAGAUUUACUUGAACUCUGGCACUUCAGAAUGCCUAAUAAUAAACCUUGUUUUGCUAUAAAUAUCAUUAGGUUCUAG